AUGGCUCCCGAAAACGAAAUCGCCUCCGUAGAGGUGCGCUCCGAUAAGGAUCUUACGUCGCAGCAACAGCCUGAACUGCAGCAAUUCGGCGACUCGACAGAGAAAACUCCUCAUGAUGCCCCGUUUCCUGUGGAUACCACAGCUGGUCGUCCGAACCCUGUCGGCACGCGCUUAGGCUCUCUGCUCAGAUCAUUUGAGCAGCAGCUCGUGGAAUACAACCUGGAGGCGCGAGGUAUUGAACGAGUCAAGCCAGAGGAGCGUAUGAAAAAGCUUUCGUGGAUUUCGUAUCUGCAGGCGUGCUUGCUGUGGGUAUCGAUCAAUUUGGCUGCCAAUAAUAUUACACUGGGAAUGCUGGGACCAGCCGUGUAUGGUCUUAGCUUUACGGACUCCGCACUUUGUGCUGUCUUUGGUGCAUUGGUUGGCUCUUUUGGAGCAGCAUGGAUGGCGACUUGGGGACCUAUCUCAGGUAUUCGGACUAUGGCAUUUGGUCGUUACUCUAUGGGAUGGUGGCCUAGUAAGAUCAUUGUACUGUUGAAUCUUGUUCAAAUGAUUGGAUACUGCUUGAUCGACUGUGUUGUUGGAGGACAGAUUCUGUCUGCUGUCUCUCCCAAUGGCAUGUCGGUUGCUGUUGGAAUUGUCAUCAUUGCAGUCAUCAGUUUGAUCGUGGCAACAUUCGGUAUCCAAGCAUUCCACUACUACGAACGAUUCGCAUUCGUACCUCAACUGAUCAUCUUCUGCAUCCUCUUCGGUGUCUCCGCCUCGAAGUUUGACUUGACGACAGCAUCCACAGGCGACGCCCGAACGGUAGCCGGUAACAGGCUAUCAUUCUUCUCGCUCUGCUUGAGUGCCGCAAUCACCUACGCCCCUCUCGCAGCCGACUUCUUCGUGUACUACCCCGAGCACACAUCCCGCCGCACAAUCUUCACCUUAACCCUAACAGGUCUCAUGUUCUCCUUCUCCUUCGCCAUAAUCCUCGGUAUCGGUCUAGGCUCUGGUGUAACCACAAGCCCAGAGUACGCAGCAGCCUAUGACAGAGGCCAAGGUGCACUAAUUGUAGAAGGCUUUGGACCCCUCCAUGGCUUCGGCAAAUUCUGUGCCGUCAUCGUAGCCCUGGGUGAAAUCGCCAACACUGUUGCACCAACCUAUUCUUCCGGUGUUGAUUUCCAGAUCCUGGGCCGGUACGCCGAGAAGGUACCACGUGUGAUCUGGAACACUGUCGGCGUGAUCAUCUACACUGUCUGCGCGCUUGCGGGCCGGAGUCAUCUCUCUGAUAUCUUUACCAAUUUCCUUGCUCUCAUGGGAUACUGGGUUGCUAUUUGGUUUGCGAUUAUCCUGGAAGAGUUCUUCCUCUUCCGUUUCAAGAGUGGCUAUAACUGGGCUGCUUGGAGUGAUCCGUCGAAAUUGCCUAUUGGGUUUGCGAGUUUCACGGCCUUUGUUGUUGGUUGGGUUGGUGCUGUCUUGUGCAUGGCCCAGGUGUGGUAUAUUGGACCACUGGCCAAGUUGGUAAGCUCGGAAGGUGCUGAUAUGGGUAAUUAUGUUGGUUUUACCUGGGCUUUGGUCGUUUAUCCGCCCUUGAGAUACCUUGAAAAACGCUAUGUUGGUCGUUAA